CAAAAGACGCCAAAAUUUAAAUGAAAAUAACUAACUGAAAAACCAGGAACACGAAACUAAAUUCCUCUCGCCUUGGAAAUACACAAACACUGACUUAGUCACUUACUGAAAUGGCAUCGCUUCAACUAACCCCUCUCCCAACAGGAUGCAGGAACCCUCUCUCUGUCCGCUGCUCCUCCGGGGGAGGUUCUUCUUCCUCGCCAUCAUCGGUUUCCAUUCCUUCCGAUUUUGAUGGCAAGGUCUUCCGGCAUAACUUGACCAGAAGCGACAACUACAACCGCAAAGGCUUUGGCCAUAAGAAGGAGACUCUCCAGCUCAUGACUCAAGAAUAUGCCAGCGACAUCAUAAAGACCUUGAAGGAGAAUAACUAUGAAUAUACUUGGGGAAAUGUUACUGUAAAGCUUGCAGAAGCAUACGGCUUUUGCUGGGGCGUUGAUCGGGCCGUCCAGAUUGCUUAUGAAGCCAGGAAACAGUUCCCUGGUGACAAGAUAUGGAUCACAAACGAAAUUAUCCACAACCCAACUGUUAAUAAGAGGCUACAAGAAAUGGAAGUUAAAGAUAUCCCCAUCCAGGAUGGUGAGAAACAGUUUGAUGUUGUUGAUAAGGGCGAUGUUGUGAUUCUGCCUGCUUUUGGAGCCGCCGUAAGUGAGAUGUUGACAUUGAGUAACAAACAAGUACAAAUAGUCGAUACGACGUGCCCGUGGGUGACUAAGGUGUGGAAUAUUGUAGACAAGCACAAGAAAGGAGAUUACACUACAAUAAUUCAUGGUAAAUAUUCCCAUGAGGAGACAAUAGCAACAGCUUCUUUUGCAGGAAAGUAUAUCAUUGUGAAGAACAUGGAUGAAGCGACAUAUGUGUGCGAUUACAUUCUUGGUGGCAAGCUUAAUGGAUCUAGCUCAACCAAGGAAGCUUUUACGGAGAAAUUCAAAUUUGCAGUUUCUAAUGGUUUUGAUCCGGAUAAGGAUCUUGUCAAAGCUGGUGUUGCGAACCAAACUACAAUGUUGAAGGGGGAAACAGAGGAGAUAGGGAAGUUACUAGAGAGAACUAUGAUGCAGAAGUUCGGAGUAGAAAAUGUCAACAAACACUUCUUAAGUUUCAACACCAUCUGUGAUGCUACUCAGGAGCGACAAGAUGCCAUGUAUAAAUUGGUAGAUGAGAAGUUGGAUCUUAUGUUGGUAGUCGGUGGGUGGAACUCAAGCAACACCUCACACCUACAAGAGAUUGCAGAGGAACGAGGCAUUCCAUCUUAUUGGAUCGAUAGUGAACAGAGAAUAGGUCCUGGAAACCGAAUAGCUUACAAGUUGAUGCAUGGUGAAUUGGUCGAGAAACAAAACUGGUUACCCAAGGGCCCUAUCACGAUUGGUGUCACAUCUGGCGCAUCUACUCCUGAUAAGGUUGUUGAAGAUGCUCUACUGAGGGUAUUUGAGAUCAAACACGCAGAAGCCUUGCAAGUGGCAUAGAUUAGGGGUACGAAGCUAGCAGUCAUGUAGUAUAGUAUAGUUUAAUAAGUUAUGUUGCAGCUUGCAUCUCUAUAUAUCUACAAAUACAUGAUGUAUAUGUAUGUAUAAUACGAAACCACAUGUUCACUACACAACCUUUAAAUGUUGCCACCCAGUUUGUCUUUGAA